AUGCGCGUGCGCGUGAGCGACGGCGCGAACGCCCCGGCGGAGACGGAGAUCACGAUCGCCGUGACGAACGUGAACGACCUGCAGCCGGUGUUCGAGCGAGCCAACUACACCUUCACCGUCACCGAGAACGCCGACUGCAACAUCACCUUCGGCAAGGUAUCGGCCAUUGACCCCGACCUGCCCAUGUCCGAGAACCAGAACAUCUUAUACUACCUGUCAUCCCUCGAGCUCGCCAACUUCACUAUUGGGGACACGUCAGGCGAGCUCUCACUCAAGGGCUGCCUUGACCGGGAGGCGGCGACCCGUGGCACCAUGACCUUCUACCCGCGUGCCAACGACGAGGGCGGAAGAGGUCACGACGCCAACCCCGCCACCGUCGAGCUGACCAUUCUCGACCUUAAUGACAACCAUCCGCACUUCCGCUUGCCUAAACCCGACACCGCCAGGAUUCCCGAGAACGUGAUUCCCGAAGACGUGGACCCGAUCCUUAUCCAGCUGGACGACCUGGACGCGGCGGGGAAUGGGUGUCCCUGCCAGAUGGACUUCAUGGACUCGACGCCGCCCGCCCUCAGGGGGAAGUUCAACCUCACGGAAGUUGAGGGCGCCGACUCGCAGUACGCCCUCCGCCCGACGGCGACGCUCGACCGGGAGGAGCAGAAGGCGUACGAGCUGCCCUUCCUCACCAGGGACAGCCAGGGCGUGUCCGGAAUCCGCUUCCUCACCCUCGAGGUCGGCGACGAGAACGACUCGCCCAUGACGGAUGGAACGAGCAGCAUCAAGGUGUAUAAUUACAAGGGUCAGUUCCCAGCCAUGGUGAUUGGGAGCGUCCACGUGACUGACCUGGACGAUUAUGACCUCGACUCCAAGAGCUUCGAAGUUGACCCCGUGACCUCGUUAGACGCCCAGAAGCACUUCCGGGUCGACCGAGAGAGCGGCGACAUCACCAUGCUCGAGGGAACACCUGCAGGCAGCUAUACGUUGAGAGUGAAGAUAACAGAACUCAAAUGGUCUAGUUCCGUUCCCUGGGGGCUACUGAGAGCGGCUGAGUUCGGGUCCUACACAGACUCGGUACGAGACAGCGAGCGAGGGGAAACUGCCACAGGGCGAGUUACGGUGAAGGUCGUAGGACUCACGAAGGAUGCCGUGAUGCAGUCAGGAUCUCUAAGGAUCUCCAGCAUCUCGGCCAAGAAGAUGAUGGAGAGCAGCGAGACGGCGGGUGGCAGGAGCUUAUACGAACGCCUCAAGGGAGAGAUAGCGAAUCUUCACAACAUCCGGGUGGAUCAGGUGGAUAUCUUCACCCUUCGGGAUGUGGAUGGCGGUGUGGAUGUCAGAUAUAACUGCCACAGCUCUCCUUACUAUUCCACCGUUCGACUCAAUGCUGUCAUGAUGCAGCGAAGAGAGAGGGUGGCGGAGUCUCUGGGUGUUGAGAUUCCGCUGAUCGACAUGAACCUGUGUCUGCUCGAGGGCCUGUCCCCGUGCGGCGACCGGAGCUGCCAGCACACGAUGCGCCCGAACGGCGGCGUCGUCGCCGGCGAGACCGCCACCAUGGUCGGGCUGGACAUAACGGACGACUACAUCUGCGGCUGCGGCGAAUUCGUGGCUUCAGGAUGCUCGGAGGACUACUGCUUCAACGGCGGGACUUGCCAGGAGGUGAACAAGACCCUCUCGUGCGCCUGCCUGGACGACAGCAACUACGGCCCGCGCUGCGAGCUGAUGACGGCGAGGUUCGAGCGCGGCUUCGCCUGGUACGAGCCGCCGAGCGCCUGCGAGAACUCGUCCCUGUCCAUGGUGUUCGAGACCAGCGACGCCAGCGGGGUCCUGCUCUACACGGGCCCCACGGUGCCACGCCCCUGGCCGGGAUACCCGAAGGACUUCCUGUACGUGUUCCUCAACCAGUGGACGUUGGAGGCGUACCUGGACCUCGGCUCCGGAACGCUGAACCUCGCCAUUCCUCUGGAGGAGAACUACGAGAGGACCUUCGAGCUGGUGCUCUCCUGGGGCAGGGACGAGGUCGUGUUCGAGGUGAUAGACUGCGGCGUCAAUGCGACGAAAGAGGAUCCCGUUCCCUGCAGGAGGUCCUUGUUCCUCCCGGGGACGUCGAGGAGCCCGAGCCACCUGCUGAACGUCCAAGGGCCCCUUCAGCUCGGCGGGAUAGCCUCCAUGGCGAGCUUCCGGAGGCUCUCGGCGUCCUACCGAUGGACGCUCACGCCCCCCGCGGUGCUUCCCUUCUCGGGCUGCGUCUUCGAGCUGCGCCACAAUGACUACCUGUACGACCUAAACGCCACGGACUACCACAAGAUGACCUUCCACCCCUGCGACGCGCCCAGGGCGGCCAAGGUCGUCUUGGGCCACCAGCCCGCCACCAUCAUCUUCGCCAGCGUCCUCUGCCUGCUGCUGGUAGUCCUGGUGAUCCUGUGCUUGGCCAGACGAACUAGGAAGGCCAUCUCAUAUCCUGAUCUCGAGAGGGAGGUCGUGAAGGAGACGCUAGGAAGGACGGACGUCGAAGGAUUCGGGGAGAAGGACGUCACCAACUUCGACUUCAAAUUUCUGCAAGUUACCCCCGAUGGGCAGCUUCUCACGGGACGGCUCCUGCCCGACGUGGCGCUGGAGGCCCGUCAGCGGCGUCGCGCGCCCCUGGCGCAGAUGCCGAGGGGACUCAGCAUCGGGGACUUCAUCUCUGAGAACAUCUUGAAGGUCAGUGACGUGGACCAGGAGUAUGAGGUGCCGAUGACGUCAUCCACUUCAGCUGCCAGGACGGAGGGAUGUCUGUGGCGUCGCUGUCUCCGCUCGCCUCAGGAGUCCCUCCCGACCGACCACAGCCGCUCGUCCUCGCACUCGCCCGCCAGCAACACCACCAGCCACUCGCCCAGCUCGACCUUGAGUGAGGCCGAGGAAGGCUCGAGUAGCUCCGCCCUCACGCCGAAGGAGGAGGAGGAGGAGGAGGAGGGAGGAGCCGUCCAAGAUGCCAUGACGCUGGUCCUCGAGGAAGGGGUCGAGGGGGACGAGGAGGAGGGCGAGGUGGAGGAGGAGGUGAACUGCCUCGAGGACGACGUGGCGGCCUCGACGUCGGUGGCUUGCAGAGAGCACGGGACGAGUUGCUAA